ACGAUCGAGACGCUACGACCAGAUCCUUCGUGGAAAACAUGACACAGCAAAGCGGCGCUGGGUCGCCCCAGCAAUUUUGCCUCAGGUGGAACAACUACCAGACGAAUCUGACCAACGUGUUCGAUCAGCUGCUACAGAGCGAGAGCUUCGUGGACGUGACGUUGGCCUGCGACGGACACAGCGUGAAAGCUCACAAGAUGGUGCUAUCCGCCUGCAGCCCGUACUUUCAGGCGCUUUUCUUCGACAAUCCUUGCCAGCAUCCUAUCGUCAUCAUGAAGGACAUCAAAUGGCCGGAACUGAAGGCCGCCGUAGAGUUCAUGUACAAAGGAGAGAUAAACGUGUCGCAGGAGCAAAUCGGGCCGCUGUUGAAGGUCGCGGAGAGUCUCAAGAUCCGCGGCCUGGCCGACGUAAACAACGAGCAAGAGCUGACGUCGAGAUCGAGCUUGGAGGAAGCGGCGAACGCGGCAGCGAUGCACAGAAAGAAACGACGUCGAACGUCGGACGAGAGAUCGCCGCCGCCGGCCUGCAGCCCAGACCGGGUCGCCUCCGGAAGCAUCCCCGAUGAUCAAGAUCCGAGCCAAGGCGGCGGAGGCGUGAUCGUACCACCUGACAUUCACGGCAUGUUGCCCAGCAGCUCGACUCCGCGAUCCCUCGGAUCUCCCGGAACUCCCAACGUCUCUGUCACGCCGCAGAUCAACCUCCAGGAACUUCCGGUAUCGCUGCCCCUGCCGCCACCGCCACCGCCGCCCCCUCAGCCCGGCCAGCAGAGCUCGCACUCGAUAUCCGCACACCACGUGCCUGGCCACGUGACUUCCGGUCCCCACGCCUCCGUCAACCACCUGACCGUACACGGCCAACAGCUCUCCGUUCAGCAGCAACAACAACAACAGCAACAACAACAGCAGCAACAGCAGCAGCAACACCAUCAGCAAGGCGCUGCCGGUCAACCGACUCCCGGGGACGAUCUCGAGAUAAAGCCUGGCAUCGCCGAGAUGAUUCGCGAGGAGGAAAGGGCCAAGUUGUUGGAGUCGUCCCACGCUUGGCUCGGAGCCUCCACGUCCAGUAUAGCAGCUGACUAUUCCACCCUGCUGAAGCUGAAGGCGCCCACGUGGACGCGGCACGAUCUCCAGGAAGCGAUCGAGGCUGUGGUUACUCAGAAGAUGCGCUUCACCCAGGCGUCCACGAAAUACGGAAUACCGAAAGGCACAUUGUACGACAACAUCCUGGGAAAGACGAAGAGAAUGAUGGUCCUGGAGGAAGCGGGUCUGAACUCGAGCGAGGAAACGGCCGUGCUCGAAUUCUGCUGCGACAUCAGCGUCAGUCCGUACAAUCGUCGGACGAAAAAGUCGCUGAACGCGAUCCUCAACUUCGUGGAAAAGCUGAGGCGAAAACGCGACCCUAACUUUGUGUUUAACGGUCUCUCUGGUUUCCGUUGGUGGUGGGCUUUCUGUAAAAAGCACUCGAUAGUAUCGCUUUACUUCAACGACGAGAACGAAAACGAUCAGUAACUGAUAAAUCCGUCUUCCUCGAAAGAGCGUGCUGCUUUCCGCGUCUGUGUCUCGCCAUUGCGAGCAACGCGAAACCGUGCAAGCCUUGUAAAACUGUGCCUUUUUUCCCCCGAGAGUCGACUUUCGGCGCGUUACGCUCGAACGUAAUCGCUGGAAACGCAGACGACAGACGAUGUUAGAAUACUCUGCAACGUUUGUUUCGAACAACGAAACAGCGAGUCUUAUCGCGUUCCGCGAUUCCCCUUCGAUCGAUAUUUUUCACAUUCCAUGCGCAUUCCAUUUCUCGUUCGCGAACCAAAUUCUUUCCAAGCCUGGCGUUCUCGAACUGACGCGUAUCCUUUACAAUGGGACCAUAAUAAGCGAUAGGAAUUAAUGAUAACGGUAACGUUUAGAACGUUAGCAAGAGCAAUAAUAAUAUAUUGCGUUAUCGCGGCUAACGAUUGUUCCAGCGAUAAUCCAGUGCCUUCUGCACCACGUCUUCCAAUCCGCGUAGUUUAACGAAUUCGAUUCUUACGUUUAGUCGCUGCGACUCGAGCCUCGUCGUCACGAAUAUCGGAUAGAUCGAUAAAAACGUCGAGCUCUUAAUCCUAGAAAUCGCAAGAUGUUUCUAUGGAAUAUCUUGUUCGAUCGCAAUACCAACGAAUUUAUUAUCGUUGAAAUUUACGUAAGAGUUAUUUUAUUAAACCUGCUUGUAAAUCAUAGACCCUUGACGGGAACGUUUAAUCGGAUUUCUUGCGAUCAUUCCAUUCGUAAAGACAGGAAAGUUGGUCGUUACGAUUUGUUAAGAGCGUUUGUUACGACGAAAUUGCGUCAGGCUGUCGUAGAGGUUUCGUUCGAUGCAAAACCAUGACCAUGAACGUUCGCAUCGCUUCUGUUCUACGUUCCAUCGAUCGGAAUUUCAUUCUGGUCGUUUUAAUUUCCACAUGGUUUCUUUGGUGUUUCGAAAAAAAGAAAAAACGACGAUGACGUCGAAUCGUUUGCCUCUUUUUUUUUUUUUUUUUUAACAAUUAGUAACUAUAGCAUGGUGUUUGCAGUGGAACACCUGCUAAUAAUACAAAGCAAACAUUUGGGAUGCCGAUGUGAGUGGCAUAGCGGCUAUGGUCCGACGGAACUUUUAUAACAGCUUGAUAUUUGCUUAGUACGAAUUUGCUUAGCGUUGGAAGCGAGCAACUUUGCUCGAGCGCAGGCUCGCGCCUGUCUCGUCGUCGAUUGUUUUCUACGUUGAAAAUCGUUCGAAUUUGUUAACCGCGCUGCUAAGGUAUUCCGACGCGAUUAGCGAACGUUGCGCAAUAAAUGCGGUUCGAUGACAUUUAGCCUGCGUUGUAUAUUUUUGUAUGCAAAAAAAUUGCUAGAAUACGAAAAAUACUGCAACUCGAGAACGUUGCAACCUUAUGCCCGACGGACAACUUGCGUCUUCACGUUCUAAAUAUACUUUCGAAACUAUGGCGCGUGCCUUAAGAAAGUUGAAGAUAUUUUCGAAAAAGAUGUUGGAAAUUCUCAAAGCGCCGUGUACUCGACCAGCAUUCGCCGUAAUUAGCGAAUAAGCGACACUUUGCAGCGUAACGUAACACGAGGCACGUCCUUUUAACGUUUAUCGCGGAACGCCCGGUCAGGCCGUGGCUCCGUUGGUAAAUAUACUCGUCGCGCUAAUUUUCCACCUGGUGUUCGUGCAUCGUUUCGCUUUAAUUACGACGGAAAUAGCGUUAAAUCGAUCUCGGCCGAUUACUUUUGUAACACGGACCCGUUGUCCGAUCCUCGUACAAUACUCGUCGCGAAUAGACCGCGUUUCUCUCGACGAACCGUCGAGAUUUCAAGGAAAAACCGUGGCUCGUAUUAUUAGCGCUACGACGAUGUUCGUUUCAUUUUCCCUUUCUACGCUCUGCGUCGGUUACCUAACGUUAAUUGAUUUUUUGUUAACGUUAACGCGAUUCACGACCGGCGUCGUCUCUUCGUUACGAACGAUGGGAACUCGGCGAUUCGGAAAAUCGACCAAAAUACCAUAAUCGCGGUUACCAUAAGGUUACUCGUUGUUCACCGAUCUCGCUGCAUCUUUUGAAAACGAAGCCGGACGACUCGCGGUCUGGAUCGGACACGCGUGCGCGUGUACCGAGGCGCGCACGCGCGCCUUCCUUUCCAAUUAAUUGUAUUAAUCGUCAAAUUGGAGGAUGCUCAAUUAAACCCAAUAAGUUAACUAUUAAAUAAUCGUUGCGAAUUGAGGCCAACCGUUCGUGGCGUAGCCGGUAUUCGAGUCGUAUGGUACUCGCGCGCUCCAAGGCAAACGGUUGCGAGCCUGCGAUUAACGUUUAAAGUUAAGAAAAAAAUAUUUUCUAUCGACGAUCGAGCUUGUUUCGUUAAGAACUCUUUCUUUCUCUCUCUCUCUCUCUUUCUUUCUUUCUUUCUUUCUUUCUUUCUUUCUGUCUUUUUUAUUCUAUAACGAUUGUACGCCAACGAUAAUACAAUCGAUACGAUUAACGUA